AUGUUUCGCCUAGCGAACGCUUUCCUUGCGGCCGCGCUCACCGGUGCCGCCGCCACACAGAGCUCCGUGUCCUUGGCGCUGGAGAAGCGGGUGGUGGGCAAGCACACCCAGGGCCAUGGCUCUGGUGCGCAGCACAAGAUGGCCUACUUUGGCACCAUUCAGGUGGGCAACCCCCCGCAGAACUUCACGGUGGUCUUUGAUACUGGCAGCGGCAAUCUCAUCGUGCCUGGCAAGAACUGCGGCAGCGAGGCCUGCACCAGCCACCGCCGCUUCGACCAGCAGGCGAGCCACGAGAUCAAGCCCAUCAACUGCGACGGCAGCGGCGUGAAGAGCAGCAUGGAGCCGGACGAGAUCACCAUCACCUUUGGCACGGGCAAGAUCACGGGGCAAUGCUUCUCAGACUCCAUCUGCAUCGGCUCGGCCUGCUCCACGGGCAACUUCAUCUCCUCCGUGGAGGAGAGCUACACGCCCUUCGCCUCCUUUUCCUUCGACGGAGUUCUGGGCCUCGCGCUCGACGGCAUGGCGCAGUCCAACGAGUUCUCAGUGAUGAACUUGAUGUCCAGCAGCGGCAUGCUGAAGCAGCCCAUCUUCUCGGUGUUCCUCUCGGACUCGGACUCGGAGCGCUCCGAGAUCACCUUCGGGGAUGUGAAGAAGGAGCACAUGGCCUCGGAGCUCUAUUGGGUGCCCGUGUCCGGGGAUGCCGGGUACUGGGAGGUGGCCAUUGAGGAUAUCUAUUUGGAUUCGCAAGCCCAGGGCAUCUGCAAGGGCUGCCGCGUGGCCGUGGACACCGGCACCUCCGAGCUGGCAGGGCCCUCCGACGUGAUCUCCAAGCUGGAGCAGCUGCUGGGCACCCGGGACUGCGGGAAUCUGGACGCCAUGCCAAAGCUGGGCUUUGCGGUGCGGGGGCCCAACGGGAAGCCCAAGAUCCUCAGCUUGUCCCCAAGGGACUACACCUCUGAGAUGGGCUACGGCAGCUGCAGCUUGUCGCUGAUGAGCUUGGACGUGCCGCCGCCGAAGGGCCCCCUCUUCGUCUUCGGCAUCCCAUUCCUGCAGAAGUACUACACGGUCUACGACCAUGCCAACAGCAGAGUGGGCUUCGCGGUGGCGAAGCACUCCGGGGAGACCCCGGAGAACCUCCUGGAGGUGGACGAGGAAGUGCGAGGAGGCUCCUUCCUGGCGCGGAGGAAGUGA